UGGUGUUUGUUUACAUCGUUGCGUUGCGGCUUGUUCCUUCGUGUCUCCACGGGCUGAAGUGACGUUGUUGGGCUGCUAUUAAUACACCAGCCGCUGUGCACACUUCAGGCAGGAGAAACAGGAGCAUCAAGCAGUCAUGUUCGGGCACCAGCAGUCAGCAGGUGGCGCCAACAAGCAGAUCUGUAGCUACUACCUCAAGGGAACCUGCAAGUAUGGGGCAAAGUGCUGGAACUACCACCCGCCAAGCCAAGGUCAAAGCUCAGGAGUGUUUGGCGGCACCAGCAAUGUGUUCGGGGGCAAGCCGGCCGCCUCGCAGGAGUCCAAGGAGUUCACCGACUUUGUUAAGCAGGUGAGUGGUGAGAUGACCCAGUGGGAGCGCAGUGGUCAGUGGCUCCCCUCCAGCUUCUCCCCCCUCAAAUCACAUCCCCCAUUGGUAGGCUUCUCCGACACCUCCCCGGAAGAAUUCAGAGUGGAGGGUUACCAGGCCAUUAAGAACAACACCUAUGCUGCCUAUCAAGCUCACUGGGCCGAGGUGCAGCAGAGGUUCAAGCAGCUGCGGGAGGCACUCAAGAUGUCCACCACGGAGGCUGUGCAGGCCUUGCGAGACGUCUUCUACAACAAGAGUCCUUUGGAACAACAACAACAGCAAGUCCUCAAGCAGCCAGCAGCUGGUCUCUUUGGCAAACCAGCGGCCAGCGUGUUUGGUGGGGGGGCGGUUGGGACCAGCAGCAGCGGGGGUGGGGCAGCUGGGGCAGGGUUGCUUGGAGCCAAACCAGGGGCAUUUGGCAACACUGCCCCAUCGAUUUUCGGGAGCGGGGCGCAGACGGCUGCCACCCCAGGACUGUUUGGCGGGGCAGGAACCGGGGCAAGCAAGUCACUCUUUGGGGCACAGACAUCUGUGUUCGGGGCAUCCGGGUCGUCGGUUUUCGGGGCGCAACCGAGUGGAAGCACAAGUCUGUUCGGGGCAUCUGCCACCCCAGGGACGUCGCUUUUCGGGAGUGGGGCGGCCAGGCCAGGUACAACCGGGGCGGGGCAGAGUAGUGGGUCAGUGUUCGGGGCAGCAGGGACACAGCAGGCAACCGGGAGCCUCUUCGGUAGCCAACCACAGCAGGGACAGCCACCACAGACUAGCUUAUUCGGCGGCCAGGCCCAGACUCAGCCGCCACAGUCAGCGAGUCUCUUCGGCGGCCAGACUCAGCAGGCAGGUCAGCAGGGGAGUGGCGGCAGCCUAUUCGGAGCACAGCAGCCACAGCCAACACAGCAGGGCGGCCUUUUCGGGGGUCAAACUCAGCAGGCAGGUCAGACAGCAGGUAUUUUCGGAGGUCAGGCCCAGACGUCACAGCAGGGGGGGUUGUUUGGUGGUCAGCAGUCACAGCCUCAGCAGACACAGCAGGGCCUCUUUGGGGGUACGGCAGGUCAGCAGGGUCAGCAAACGGGGAUUUUUGGUGCACAACCACAGGGGUCGACGUUUCCCAUUGGGGGGGUCUUUGGCGGUCAGACCACAGGGGCGACACAGCAAUCGUCAAUAUUCGGGGCCUCGGCCUUCCCCGGGGCAUCACAGGGGUCCAAACCGGGGCUAUUUGGGGCAACCGCAGCGACAGGAGCAGCCCCGUUCAAACCAGGUCUGUUCGGCGCUGGCAGUGGAGGCGAAACCCCCCCCAGUGGAACCCCAGCCCCAACCGCCACCCCUGGGCUGUUUGGAAACCCUGCCCAGCCUACCCCAGGGUUAUUUGGGCAUGCUAGUCAAGCCCCCCAGGCCCCCCAGUCCACCCAGUCCUUGGCAGGUCAUAACUACACGCCCCUGGACCAGCUUCAGGCAGAGGAUCGUGCGCAGUUUGAAGCGGAUAUGUUUAAUUAUAUUCCGAGAUGUCCACCUCCUAUAGAACUGUGCUCUUAAGGGGGGACGGAGAGAGGGAGGAAAGAGGGGAAGGGAGAGAGGGGUAGGGUAGAGAGAGAGAGACAGAGAGAAAGAGAGGGGAGGAAUAGGGAGUGAGAGAGAGAGAAAGGGAGAGAGGGAGGAAUGGAGGAAGAAAUGAAGGAGAGAGAUUUAUAGAAAGGUUUUAUUGUACUUCUAUCUCCUUUUCUUCCUAUCUAUUUCUCUUCCUCCUUUUAUCUUUCCCUUUUCCUUUCCUUCCUUCCUUCCUCCUUACCCCUUUCCUUCUCUCCCUCCUUUCCCUUUCCUUUCCUUCCAACCUCUCCUUCUUCCCUUCCUUCCUUCCUUUGAAUAUUGAUAGAUGACGUUACAUUUGGUUUUAUAUGUAUGUAAAUUGUGUGUGUGUGUGUGUGAGAGAGAGAGAGAGGUUUUAUAAUGUGGAUCUGUAUUUUGAACUGGUUUGUGAAUAAAGGACUCUUGUUGAUUA